AUGGAAACUCUGUCAGCGAAGGGGUCGGGGGGGAUUCCUCUGGCCAGGAAGGUGUGUUAUGCUGUGGGUGAGGUCCCGUAUCAGAUUACGACGGCAGCUUUAAAUGUUUCUCUGCAGAUCUUUCUUCUGGAUGUUGUGCAGAUGGAGGCCUCUUACGUCUCCAUGAUUCUGUUCGUGAGUCGGGCCUGGGAUGCCGUGACCGAUCCUCUGGUUGGAUAUCUGGUGAGCUGCAGUAACUGGACACCCGUCGGAAAACUCACGCCAUGGCUGAUUCUCUCCACUCCGUUUGGCGUCCUGUUCUAUCUGCUGCUGUGGUUCGUGCCACAAGGUUCAACGUCUCAGGGCCUCAGCGUGCUGUGGUUCCUCACAGCGGCCUGUCUGUUCGAGACCCUCAUGAGUUGCUACAACGUCCCCUACCUCUCGCUCGGCAUGUUCCUCGGGGGAGAUCACACAGACAGAGACUCUGCCACGGCCUACAGAAUGAGUGUGAAGAUGGCGGCCACGCUGUUGGCUUCUGUAAUGCAGGGUCAAGUUAUAGCUGUGUACAACACAGAAAAGCAAGAGAGCUGUGAACAUCUGGGCCAGGCUCAUGAGACACAAAAGGCUUUCCUGACCUCAGCUCUGAUCAUGGGUGCCUUGUUUUUCAUCUGCAGCCUGAUUCUCUUCCUUGGGGUGAAGGAGCAGCGGGCUCCUCUCUGCUCUGGUGACCCAGUACGACCGUCCUAUUUGGCCUCGCUGAAGAUGCUGAUGCGUCACAUUCCUUUCCAACGACUGGUGCUCGGCUUUGUGUUCACUGCGCUUGCUUUUCAGAUGUCCUUGGGUAAUUUUGCCCUUUUUUGCAGCCAUGUAGCUGAGCUGGGAGCCCAGUUCCAGCACCUCCUACUGGUUCUGCUGGUUUCUGCCUCGGUAGCAGUUCCUCUGUGGCAAACAGUUCUUCUGAGAAUAGGAAAAAAGGCCACAGCUUACAUCGGUCUAUCACUCUUCAUCCCAGCAGUUAUUAUAGUUGCCUGUGUUCCCAGUAACCUGCCAGUCUUCAUGAUUAUGUGCGUUCCGAUGGGAUUCAGCGUGGCAACCAUGUUCUUGCUACCUUGGUCUAUGCUCCCAGAUGUGGUGGAUGACUUUGCUGCAAGACACCCCUCCUGCAGAGACCUGGAGCCCAUGUUUUUCUCUUGUUAUGCCUUCUGCAGCAAGCUGGCGGGCGGCCUGUCCGUAGGCAUCUCAACCAUGACAUUACAAUUUGUGGGCUACAGAGCAGGUGCCUGUAACCAUGGCGACGGAGUGGUGACGGCUCUGAUUGUGCUGUUCUCGCCAGUUCCCAUCGCACUUUUGCUGAUAGGGCUGGUCUUUUUUCGCUCCUACCCAAUCAAUGAGAGGCGAUGUUUGCAGCAUCAGGAACAACUGACCCCAAUUCACCCAGAAGCCACAUCAUCAUCAGCAUCGGACCCAAGAGAAAACGCAGAGCAGCCAUCAGUUCUGCAGCCCCAUAGAGCGACUUCACACAAUAACACGAAGACAAACAUGUUGUACAAGUCAAAUUCCUCAACCGGACGUUACAAUCAUGAUCAAAUAUGCUCAGUCGCGUCAUGUGUCAAUUCGGAUGUAUCAAAGAGGUCCGUUGGAGAAUACAGCGGGACGGAUUCGGUUGUCCAGUCCAGUGUAAAUCCUCAGUGUCAUAAGCAGAGACUCGGCUCACUCCAGCACUCGGGAGAAGAUGCAUUGGGGAGAAAUGCUCCUGAGAAUGAACCCGGGAAUUCCUCCAGCGGGUCACAUGUGAGAUCCAAAAUGACAUGGGUAUAGUCAGAUACCAUAGCCUCAUGUUCAGCGUACAGACAUGUUAUAUUGAUGGCAUGACGACGACUCCUUUUAUUCCCACAUAUUUUUGUUAAAUCCGCUGG